AUGUCUGACCUCAAAAACUUCGGUUCCGCGUUUUCCCUCGAAGGCAAAACGGCGUUGGUGACAGGAGGUUCUCGUGGCCUCGGCCUGCACAUGGCCACGGCGUUCCUACUCGCAGGCUGCUCGCAGGUCAUCAUCACGGCUCGAAAGCGCGGCGGUGACCAAGGCAUCGACCAGGCGGUCGACAAACUGAACAAACUCCGAGGAAGCCGGGGGAAAGCCAUCGGAAUAGCGGCGAAUGUCGCUGAUUCGCAGGACAUCAUUCGUCUGAUUGGAGAGAUCAAGGCGAUCGUUGGCGAGAAGGGCCUGCACAUUCUGGUGUGCAAUGCUGGAGCGGCUUGGGGAUCCAAGUUCGAAGAUGCUCCCCCCAGCAGCUCGGUCAAGAUCCUGGAUCUAAACGUGAGAGGAGUAUUCGAGCUGGUACAAAAGUCUCUGCCAUUGCUGGAAAUGGCAGCUUCGAAAGAAGACCCGGCUCGUCUGCUUAUCGUCAGUUCAACGGCGGGUACCAACGUGCCGCACGUAGGCGAACACGGUACCAUCAUGUACUCGACAUCCAAGGCGGCUGCGAACCACUUGGGGCGCAAUUUCGCGGUUGAGCUCGGCCCUAGGAACAUUACGUCCAACAUCAUCGCGCCGGGCUUCUUCCCUUCAAAGUUGGCCCAAGGCCUCAUCAGCAAUCUGGGCGGUGUUGAGGAGUUGAGCAGGGACAAUCCCUUGGGGAGACUGGGUGAGCCCGAUGACAUUGCCGGUGUCGCCGUCUUCCUCUGCUCUCCUGCCGGGAAGUAUGUAAACGGCGUAGACAUUUCGGUCGACGGAGGCGCGCGGCUGGCUGCUGGGAGGUUAUCGAGACUUUGA